GACGCGCAGUAGUUAAACAUGGCGUGUGAAAUGCAGUUGGAAAUUGUUGGUUUGUUAAAAACGCACCAUUUUCAUGCUGCUAAAAGUAUUGCCGAGGGACUGAAACAAAAAUUCCCAACUUCAUUUGCUGACCCCAUCAUUCGGCCGUUGCUUGAAAGUGACUGGCAUGUCUAUAUAACGAAUAAAAGAAAGGAGCUCAGGGGGGAGAUGUGGCAGUACCCUGGUUUAAAAUAUAACGUGGCGUGCUUUGUGAGCGGGAGUUUGCUGGGCGAUGAGAAGCAGCUGCGUGGUUGGGCAGAGAAACACUGGACGUUCACCUUCUACCGUCCCCAAGCACUUUACAUGGCUCUCGCCCAGGAGUGCUACACCCAACACCUGCACAGCACCGGGCACGUAUUUGUAUACAUGGACGUUAUGAUUGGAGACGAGGCGGUCGGGCGAAUGCUGUUUGAGCUCUUCUCAGAUCUGUGCCCGAAGACAUGUGAAAACUUUAAAGCGCUGUGCACUGGAGAGGCACACACCUCUCGAAGCAAUCUCACACUCUGCUAUAAGGACUCGUUAUUGAACAGAGUCGUGCCUAAUGGCUGGGUCCAGGGAGGAGACAUUACAGGACAAAGCAGAGGCAAUGGCGGGGAGUCCAUCUAUGGUCCAACAUUUGAAGAUGAGAAUUUCUCUGUGUCUCACAACAAGCGAGGCAUCCUGGGCAUGGCCAACCGAGGUCCCCACACUAACAGCUCUCAGUUCUACAUCACACUACAGCCAGCCCUGUGGAUGGACAAAAAAUAUGUGGCCUUUGGGCAAGUUGUUGAAGGCACCGAGGUUCUCAGGAGACUAGAAGAGGUGCCCACUUAUAAUGAAAGGCCCAAACAAGACUGCAAGAUAGUCACCUGUGGAUUAUAUGGUCCUUGACUGACUGUCAUGGUGUAAAGAUUUAAAAAGAAAACAUUUCACUUGUAGAUGUUUUUUUUGUACUUUACUCUGCUUUUUCCGUGUUUUCUUCACGUUUUCUUCCGACCCGAGUGGCUUGCGUUCGGGCAGAAGAACGAACUUUACGUCUUUUGAAACGCAGUUAAGGAAACGAGAGUCUUAAACUUCAGACAUAAACAUUUCGGGGUUUUGCCUGUACAUCUUCAAAGGGAUAACAGAAUAAAAACGUGCUUGC